UCCAUACUGAGAAACACAGUAGCAUGGCUCUGAAUAAUCCCAACCCACUGGGACCAUGGAAGAUCACAGUUUAUGACCAGGAGAACUUCCAGGGGAAGCGUCUGGAGUUUACCUCAGCAUGCCAGAACAUCAUGGAGUGCGGCGUGGACAACAUCCGCUCUCUGAAGGUGGAGUGUGGCGCCUGGACAGGAUAUGAGCACUCCAGCUUCUGUGGACAGCAGUUUGUGUUGGAGAGAGGAGAGUAUCCUCACUGGGAGUCGUGGAGUGGCAGCAACGCCUACCACAUUGAGAGGAUGAUGUCCUUCCGCCCCAUCUGCUCUGCUAACCACAAGGAGUCCAAGAUGGUGCUGUUUGAGAAGGAGAACUUCAUGGGACGUCAGUGGGAGAUAAACGAUGACUACCCCUCUCUGCAGGCCAUGGGCUGGGGCAACAAUGAGAUUGGAUCCAUGCAAGUUCAGAGUGGCGCCUGGGUGUGCUACCAGUUCCCUGGUUACCGUGGUUACCAGUACAUCAUGGAGUGCGAUCGUCAUGGCGGCGAGUACAAACAUUACAGAGAGUGGGGCUCCCAUGCUCAGUCCUUCCAGGUGCAGUCGCUGCGUCGAAUCCAGCAAUAA